AUGGAACUGAAGCACAACGUAAGCGGCGGUUACGGAGCUCCCCCUCAACCAUCACCCUCUUCCGGCUCAAAUUAUGGUGGUUCGAAUACUGGAACUCAUUCAGGAGCUGGUCCAUCUCACCAGCAACAUUCGCAGUCUGCUUCGCCCUACCAACAACAAGCCCCAGUCGCUCCUCCAGCCUAUCAACAACCUGCUCCGUCUCACCAGCAGCAGGCCCAUUCGGCUCCUUCUUAUCAGCAACAAGCUCCAGCAACUUCACCGUACCAGCAGCAAGCACCAGCUGCUCCAUCCUACCAACACUCUGCUCCAUCGGCUCCAUCUCACCAACAGCAACAUCAAGCUCCAGCGGCUCAGUCAUACCCGCAACAAGCUUCCUCAUCACCAUCAUACCAGCCACAGGCCCCUGUAGCCCCAGUCCCGUCUUAUCAACAGCAACAGCAGACUCCAGUCGCUCCUUCGUACCAACAACCUGCUCCAGCAGCCCCGACCUACCAACAGCCCGCCCAAGCGGCUCCAUCCUACCAACAGCAACAGACCCCAUCGGCCCCAUCUUAUCAGCAACAAUCGGCUCCAGCGGCUCCAUCGUAUCAACAGCAGCAGGCUUCAGCUGCCUUUCCCUACGGCGGGGCUUCUCCUCAGGCCGGAGGAGCUUACUAG